CGAGGCUGAGAACGGCCCUGGAGGGAAGUCUUUUGGCCACAAAUGUGGGAAUCUGAGCUUAACGUGGGCUGUGUCCAUAACGUUUGUAAAUAAUAAUAAUAAUGCUGACUGACAGUUAAUUAUGUUUGCUAAAACAUUAAGAAUCACCAGCUCAGCUUUAAAGAAACUCAGGAUUCAAGGAUGUGAUAUCUGCUUCCGCAAGAAAUUUUCCAUAAUACCUUCUGGACAGAAGAACCUGCCCCUUCGCUACCUCGGGCAGCCAAGCCCUUUCACACACCCCCACCUCCUUAAAACAGGCGAGGUGACACCUGGGUUGUCACAGGUGGAAUAUGCCCUGCGUCGACACAAACUGCUGAGCCUGAUCCACAAAGAAGCCGAGACCUUGGGGACUUCUGACCAUGCCGUCAUUCUGCUGUCCCACCCCACUUAUUACAUGACGAACGAUAUCCCUUUCCCCUUCCACCAGAACACAAACUUCCUUUACCUCUGUGGCUUUCAGGAGCCGGACAGCAUUCUGCUACUCCACAGUAUUCCUGGAAAGAGCCUGCCAUCCCACAAGACUGUCUUAUUUGUGCCAAGGCGGAACCAGAACCGAGAACUAUGGGAUGGCCCACGCUCUGGGGUAGAUGGUGCAGUUUCCCUCACAGGGGUGGAUGAGGCCUACGCUACUGAGGAGUUUGGACAAUAUGUGCAGAGGUUUAAAGAUGAAGGCUGCACGGUGUGGUACGACAGUGGGUCAGCUGUUCACCCAGGGUUACACAAGGAAUACAUGCAGCCCUUAAUAGAUACUAAGACUCAAAGCAGCAACACUGUCCAGCCAGUUCGGAGACUUGUUCAAUACCUACGGCUCAUUAAGUCGGACACGGAGAUUGCACUCAUGAAGAUGGCUGCAAAGAUUACCUCCGAGGCUUUCAUCAGCACAAUGCUUUCAUCCAAGGCUCCAGUUGAUGAGUCCUAUCUUUAUGCGAAGUUUGACUUUGAGUGUCGAGCUCAUGGGGCAGACCUCCUGGCCUACCCUCCAGUAGUAGCUGGAGGCAAUCGCUCCAAUACCCUGCAUUAUGUAAAAAAUAACCAGAUGAUUAAGGAUGGGGAGAUGGUCUUAUUGGAUGGAGGCUGUGAGUAUUCCGGCUAUGCCAGUGAUGUCACUCGGGUCUGGCCUGUCAAUGGAAGAUUCACAGGGCCUCAGUCUGAGCUCUACCAGGCCGUCCUCGAUGUUCAGAAGUCCUGCCUAUGUCUCUGCACUCCUGGGAUCAGUCUGGAAAACAUCUUUGCUUUCAUGCUGACCGCGCUCGGACAGAAGCUGAAAGAUAUGGGGGUCUUGCAGGAGAAAUCCAACCAGCGUAAUGCCUACAAGGCUGUUGGGAAUUACUGCCCGCACCACGUAGGACAUUACCUGGGGAUGGAUGUCCACGACACGCCAGACAUCUCACGGUCCAUAGCCCUCCAGCCUGGGAUGGUGGUGACGAUCGAACCUGGAAUAUACAUCCCGGAAGAUGACACAUCAGCUCCGCAAAGAUUCCGUGGAAUGGGAAUUCGAAUCGAGGAUGAUGUUCUGAUAACGGAAGAGGGGCCCGUCGUUCUUUCAGCAGACUGCCCCAAGGAAUUGAUUGAUUUAGAACAGAUCUGGGCCCAUCAUUAACAAACAGCCCUUGUACUGGUUCCCUCAGAAACUUAUAAUGAGAUGCUGCAGGUGAUAGAGAAGAUCACAAGCGAAUUCUGCAUCUCCACUCAUUUACUGGUAGCUCUGCAUGGCAGCUACCCUUGCCACCGUGCUACAGCAUGCCUGUCAAGAUGUGUAAAACCCAUAGUAGUAUUUAUCCGUCCUUCGGACUGAGGAUUAUAUAGCAGGAAGUGGAGCGUGAGACACAGGAACAACACUUGAGAACUUUUUAAAAUUAAAAUGAUGGACAUGCUGAUGCAUCGAGCUUGUCCCCCACAUCCGGGACACAGUUAUCCGUGAUAACUGAGCAUUUUUAUCCCUAAUAACAGCUAGCUUAACUGUGUGACAAAAACCCUCAGUGAACUCAGGGGAAAUAAAUAUGGGAAACUCCUCUCUGACUUCUGAGGGUGAUUGAUAUGAUUUCUGGGAGGUCAUGGUUACUAUAUGGCAAUACCCCACCUAUAUUUACACUGAUGUCAGCUGCAGUUAGGAGCUCAUUCAGUUCCCCUAUGAACAUUUGGUAUGAAUCUGCACAGGCCACGAACUCGCUCGAAACAUUUGUUUCUCAUUUGAGUAAGAAUUCUCAUUUCUUAUUUUGACCUCACCUGUUAAACCCCUCCAGUGGCUUUGUGUGUUAAUGAAACAUUGGCUAUAGUGCUGAACUGUACCAACUGGAAGCGUCAGUUCAGAGUUAGCUGUAUCAUAUCAUAUAGAGCUACUGUAAGGUCAUUCAAUUUGGCAGCAACACCACUGGGCUGGAGAAGUAAAAGUCAAUUAGGAUUUCCACUCUGGAUCAACCCCUUAUGAACAAUGUCCCCUCUAACUUCUGUUUGACGUGUGCAGCCAGCUUGUUGCACUGAGAUUGAUGUGAACCUUAGGGGGAAUGUUGCUUGCCUGCGGCUUGUUUGUUCCUUGUGCAGCAGCUUCCUGUGCGGCCAUGCAGCUUAGAGGGAACGUUGCUUGUAUGUCGCUGAGACCAGGAUCAGGCAGAGUUGUGAUGCCUUUCUAAAUGAAUAGCCCUGCACAACUCUCCAGUUGUGCAGAAGGGCCGAUCGGAUUGGGUGCCAAAGAGUAGCCUCCAGCAGGGGAUUGACCUAAAUCAUGCUUUCAGGAGGAGAGGGAGGUUCUGUUUUUUUAACAGCUUUAGAAGCAAUAUGGGGUAUUGCCCAUUGCAAUCUGUACCCAUAUACAUCUGAGCGUCUCAAAUUGAACCUUAGUCUGACAAACCUUUACCUGUAAUAUCAGUCUGACAUUCUUACAUCACUCUAUCAGUCUGACACACGUAUACCUGUAAUAUCAGUCUGACACUCUCGUACAUCACUGCAUCAGUCUGACACGCCCAGACAUCAGCGUGUCGGUCUGACACACCCGUACGUCAGCGUCGGUCUGAAACACUUGUACGUCAGCGUGUCGGUCUGACACACCCAGACAUCAGCGUGUCGGUCUGACACACUCAUACGUCAGCGUCUGUCUGACACACCCGUACGUCAGCGUGUUGGUCUGACACACCCAGACAUCAGCGUGUCGGUCUGACACACCCAGACAUCAGCGUGUCGGUCUGACACACCCAGACAUCAGCGUGUCGGUCUGACACACCCGUACGUCAGCGUCUGUCUGACACACCCAUACGUCAGCGUGUCGGUCUGACACACCCGUAUGUCAGCGUGUCGGUCUGACACACCCGUACGUCAGCGUCUGUCUGACAUACCCGUACGUCAGCGUGUCGGUCUGACACACCCAGACAUCAGCGUGUCGGUCUGACACACCCGUACGUCAGCGUGUCGGUCUGACAUACCCGUACAUCAGCAUGUCGGUCUGACACACCCAGACGUCAGCGUAUCGGUCUGACACACCUGUACGUCAGCGUCUGUCUGACACACCCGUACGUCAGCGUCUAUCUGACACACCCAGACAUCAUCGUGUCGGUCUGACACACCCGUACGUCAGCGUGUCGGUCUGACACACCCAUACGUCAGCGUCUGUCUGACACACCCGUACGUCAGCGUCUGUCUGACACACCUGUACGUCAGUGUGUCGGUCUGACAUACUUGUACGUCAGCGUGUCGGUCUGACACACCCAUACGUCAGCGUCUGUCUGACACACCCAGACAUCAGCGUGUCGGUCUGACACACCCGUACGUCAGCAUCUGUCUGACACACCCGUACAUCAGCGUAUCGGUCUGACACACUCGUAGAUCAGCGUGUCGGUCUGACACACUCGUACGUCAGCGUCUGUCUGACACACCUGUAUGUCAGUGUGUCGGUCUGACACACUCGUACGUCAGCGUGUCUGUCUGACACACCCAGACAUCAGCGUGUCGGUCUGACACACCCGUACGUCAGCAUCUGUCUGACACACCCGUACAUCAGCGUAUCGGUCUGACACACUCGUAGAUCAGCGUAUCGGUCUGACACACUCGUACAUCAGUGUGUCAGCCUGACACACCUCUAUGUCAGUUUAUGUCUGAAACACACGGACGUCAGUCUAUCAGUUACACAAUUUUCACUGAAUAAUUGAAUUUUUAUACAAAUUUUCAUUUCAGUAAAUUAUUAAUCAAGAGUGAGAUUCUUAAGCACAGGAAAUGCACCGUGAUGUCCCUAAUCAAACUGAGUUCUGUCGUUAAUUGUGAAUAGUACUUUUAUAAGCUGUAUUGAUAGUUUGUUUGAAACAAUGGCACAAAACAUUAAAUUCCAGUGAUUUAUUUUUUA